AUGCUUAUCAUAGGAACUAAACCUCAACGAGCUUCGCCGGCUACACAGCUCCGAGUAGAGUCAAACACAAGACUGCGCUCGUCAUCAAUGACCUUCUACGUGUGGUCUUCAAACAGGUUGGCCAUUCAUGAUUGUGGACCAGAUCCCUCAGAUAUAUGGAAUUUUGCACAUGGUAUAGUUAGCACACUCAACGAUUUCAUAGUGGAUGCGCUUAGCCUCGGCAACGAGGAUUUGGAGGGAUACAGAUCGAAUGCGAUAAGAAGCUUGCGCACUAGUUUCUGGAUCUCCUUGGGUACAUCCGAUGAAGAAAAAAAAAUUAAGAAAGAAAAAAAAAGAAAAAAAGCGAGAAAAAAUUCAACUAUCUGCUGGAGCAAAAAACUUUCUACUGCGGCCGAAUCACCUGUAUCGCAGAAGCACUCGAGGAUGUCCGUUAAUAUCGCCUCAACCAAGGAAAACUUGUGCCUUCAAAGAAAUACAAGGCUAUGCAGGUCGGAUUUGGUAGAGAGGACAAGGCAAGUAGGACGAAGUCAGAAUGGAAGAGGAAAGCGCUACACAGAAGUGAAAUUUGAUCCUGUCGCUGUCCUGUUUGAUCCUGAUGCUUAAUUUCUGAUCCAUCAUAAGUCUUCUCAUGUAACAUCGUGCCUUUGCCUCAUUAGUUAAGCAUUUUUUCUCAUUAAUCACUGCUUCAUUUACUUACUCCCCGCUUACUUCUAUAUUCAGUACAUGCUUACUUCAUAUCUCACUGUC